CAACGAGUCCGGAUCGGUCCGCGAGCGUCUUUCAUUUCGGACGUAGUGUUUACCUUGGUAGCGAGUUUGGGAAUUCCGUGAUCCCGCUGCCUUACGUAUUGUGGCAUACUUGUGAGUCAAAAAGGUUAUCGUUUAUUAGCAUGGCUCGGUGUUGGAGCUACGCAAUAGCAGCAUUCGGCACACUGGUGCUACUGAUAGCACCGGGUACGGGACAAACCUGCGGCAGACGACAAGUGGACAAAAUGUUUCUCAUCCACAAUGGCCAGGAAGCUAAGCCAGGCUACUGGCCCUGGCAUGCAGCCUUGUUUGAAAGUAAAGUCAGGUCGUUCGAAUACAUCUGCGGCGGAUCGGUUCUAGACCAGAACACCAUCCUCACGGCUGCACACUGCUUGGUAACGCCGAACGGUUUGGUCGCGGUGGAGAGGCUGUCGGUGCAGGUUGGUCGUAACCGGUUUUUAAAAGCCGAUAAACGAGGACAGGAGCACGAAGCACAUCAGCUGAUUCCGCAUCCAGAUUUUGACAUCAACGAUUUUGCGAACGACAUUGCCCUAAUCAAACUAGCUACGGAUAUCACCUACUCAGACUACAUUCAGCCGGUUUGCCUGUGGGACCGGGAUACCAAUCUGCAGUCGAUCGUGGGAAUGAAAGGGUUCAUCGUUGGGUUCGGCUUCAACGAGAAAGAUGUCGUGUCGGAUUACCUUAAAGAUGCGGAAAUUCCGGUCGUUGACAGUUACACGUGCAUUAACAGCAAUCCCGAUGCGUUCAGCUUCAAGGUGAAGCCGGAGAUGUACUGUGCCGGGAAUCGCGAUGGAGUGAGUGCCUGCAACGGGGACAGCGGUGGUGGCAUGGUUUUCAACUACGCCGAUGUGUGGUACAUUCGGGGUCUCGUGUCGUUCAUACCCCUUCGUGGUCAGGAGGCCGUAUGUGACCCGAACCAGUACACAGUGUUUACCGAUGUGGCGAAGUACCUAAGCUGGAUCCAGAAGAAUAUACGACAUGCUAUUGCAGGUCCCAGUGGCGUUCCGGUUCACACGAGCGUGGACCGAAACCCCAAACUUCGUCUUUUAAACCUGGAUGUCUGUGGUACAAAUCGCUACGUAAAUACCCCCGAAUUUGACAGACAGGUAUUUUUGGGAUACCCUUGGAUGGGUCUACUCGAGUACGUAGUGGAAGGAGAGCGCGAAAGGCAAACCCUUUGUCACGCAACCUUAAUUAGUGACCGAUAUGUAUUAACGGCCGGCCACUGUGUCAACAGCCUUCCGAGACGCUACAGACUAACCGCUGCACGAUUUGGUGAUUACGAUCUCUCUACAUCAAGGGACUGUGCAACGGUGAACGGGCAGCAGGAAUGCGCACCACCAACGCAAGUCCUUCGCAUCGAAUCAGCGAUCGUCCACCAGGACUUCAACAAACCAAAGUAUGCCAACGAUAUAGCUCUGCUGCGACUGCGCGAAAAAGCCAUCAUCACGCAGAGCAACGUUAAACCGAUCUGCCUCCCGGUCACCAACAACCUGCGUAGCCACAAACCGACAAGCUAUACGCUCACCGCGUGGCCGAUUGGUGGCAACACCCUUCUCCGGUCGCAACGAGAAGUCGUCGACUCGGUCGAGUGUCAGGCGAACUAUACGCAACAUUCGAUCACGUUGGAAAAAACCUUCCGUCAGAUUUGCCUCAAGCAGGAUGCACAUUCCGCAGCAUGUCGUUUCCCGAAAUCGGCUGCAACGUUGCAGACGGUGCAGAAACUGCAGGACGAUAACCGAUAUGUGAUGCACGGACUACUAUCGUACGGUCCCAAGGAAUGCACUCAUACCUAUCCCGAUGUGUACACCUACAUUGGCCCUUACAUGGACUGGAUUCUAAGUCAAAUGAACGAAUAAAAUGCCUGCUAUUUUCCUCCAACUAACAAAUGUUCAUGUAAACAUCUCUCCAGAUUGUAGUCACUUUUCGAGAUAAGAAAUCAG